CAUUGCCAUCCCGAUUGCAUGGAUGCGGACCGAAACUUGUUUCGUUGCCUGUGAACCCGUCAACCCAAGCCCAAGGGUCCCCAUCCAUAUAAAAGACGCACUUGAGCUGAUCAAAUUAAACAGUUGCACUCCAAGCAGCAUCUCCAUAACAUCAAAGUAUACACCCAACCGAAUAAACUUUACAUUUGGAUCCAACAUGUACAAAUACUUGUUCUGCCUCGCUCUCAUCGGCUGCGCCUGCGCCGACAACAUCAACAAGGACGCCCAGAUCCGAAGCUUCCAGAACGACGCCUCUGAUGCGGAGGGCAACUAUCAGUUUGCCUACGAGACGAGCAACGGCAUCCAGUACCAGCAGGCCGGCAAUCCCAAUGGAGUGCGCGGUGCCGUUGCCUAUGUUUCGCCCGAAGGUGAGAAAAUCUCACUGAGCUACACCGCCGACGAGGAGGGCUACCAUCCAGUGGGCGAUCAUUUGCCCACACCGCCCCCAGUGCCCGCUUAUGUGAUGCGCGCUCUGGAGUAUAUUCGCACGCAUCCCCCUGUAGCCGCUCAGAAAGAUCAGUAAAUAUGCUGAGAGACACAUCAACCAUCACAUUUAGUAGCACCGCUUGCACUGCCACCACCGUACUCCAAGCCAGUCAUUGUUAUUUAGAGACAAAUGUACAUUCGUACGUUGUUUUCGUAGUUAUCGUUAAUAAAGCCCAUCAAUACAGGAAAGCAACAUCAG